UCCGCUGGGCGCUCUGGGGAUCAGCUGGCGGGCGGGCGGGCGCCGAACGCUGCCCCGGCUUUCGCUGCAGCGCCGCCUCUUCUCCGCGUCGCAGGCCGGCCCGGCGGCCGUGACAAUGUUGCAGGGCUGGUAGCUGGGAGCCAGCCGCCGAGCCGUCUCAAGUUUAAACUUACACGAAUCGCUCUCUUGAGGAGGAGGGGACCGCGGCGCGAUUGACACGCAUAUUCCUAUAGGCAUCCUCCCUCAGCCCCCACCCCCACGGCCGGAUUCGGGUGGCUCCUCUCCGAGCUGAAAUCUGAGAAGAAAUCCUUGGAUCUCUUGUUUUCUUUAAAAAAAAAAAAAAAAAAAAAAUCCAGAAACCGUCGGUAUUUUGCUUUACUGCUUCCUAUUCGCAAGAUGAAGAAGUUUUUCGACUCCCGGCGAGAGCAGGGCGGCUCUGGCCUGGGCUCCGGCUCCAGCGGAGGUGGGGGCAGCACCUCGGGCCUGGGCAGUGGCUACAUCGGAAGGGUCUUUGGCAUUGGGCGACAGCAGGUCACUGUGGACGAGGUGUUGGCGGAAGGUGGAUUUGCCAUCGUGUUUCUGGUGAGGACAAGCAAUGGAAUGAAAUGUGCCUUGAAACGCAUGUUUGUCAACAAUGAGCAUGAUCUCCAGGUGUGCAAGAGAGAAAUCCAGAUAAUGAGAGACCUGUCGGGGCACAAGAACAUUGUCGGUUACAUUGACUCCAGUAUCAACAAUGUGAGCAGUGGGGAUGUGUGGGAAGUGCUCAUUCUGAUGGACUUCUGUAGGGGAGGCCAGGUGGUCAACCUGAUGAACCAGCGCCUACAAACAGGUUUUACAGAGAAUGAAGUGCUCCAGAUAUUUUGUGACACCUGUGAAGCCGUUGCCCGCCUGCAUCAGUGCAAGACUCCUAUCAUCCACCGUGACCUGAAGGUUGAAAAUAUCCUCUUGCACGACCGAGGCCACUACGUCCUGUGUGACUUUGGAAGUGCCACCAACAAAUUCCAGAAUCCACAAACUGAGGGAGUCAAUGCAGUAGAAGACGAAAUUAAGAAAUACACAACGCUGUCCUAUCGAGCACCAGAAAUGGUCAACCUGUACAGUGGCAAAAUCAUCACUACGAAGGCAGACAUUUGGGCUCUCGGAUGUUUGUUGUAUAAAUUAUGCUACUUCACUUUGCCAUUUGGAGAGAGUCAGGUGGCAAUUUGUGACGGAAACUUCACAAUUCCUGAUAACUCUAGAUAUUCCCAAGACAUGCACUGCCUAAUUAGGUAUAUGUUGGAACCAGACCCGGAUAAAAGGCCGGAUAUUUACCAGGUGUCCUACUUCUCAUUUAAACUACUCAAGAAAGAAUGCCCAAUUCCUAAUGUACAGAACUCUCCCAUUCCUGCAAAACUUCCUGAGCCAGUGAAAGCCAGUGAGGCAGCUGCAAAAAAGACCCAGCCAAAGGCCAGACUGACAGAUCCCAUUCCCACAACAGAGACUUCAAUUGCACCCCGGCAGAGGCCUAAGGCUGGGCAGACUCAGCCAAACCCAGGGAUCCUUCCCAUCCAGCCAGCCCUGACACCUCGAAAGAGGGCCACGGUUCAGCCCCCACCCCAGGCUGCAGGAUCGAGCAAUCAGCCUGGCCUUUUAGCCAGUGUUCCCCAACCAAAAACUCAGCCCCCACCCAGCCAGCCUCUACCACAGUCUCAGCCCAAGCAGCCGCAGGCUCCACCCACCCCACAGCAGGCGCAGCCCACUCCAGCCCAGGCUCUGCCCACUCCAGCCCAGGCCACGCCCCAGCACCAGCAGCAACUCUUCCUCAAGCAGCAGCCGCAGCUGCAGCAGCAGCAGCAGCAGCAACAGCAGCAGCAGCAAUCGCAGCAGCCGCAACAGCAGCCGCCGCAGCAGCAGCCACCACCCCAGCAGCAGCCGCCACCUCCCCAGCAGCCCGCAGGCACGUUUUACCAGCAGCAGCAGCAGCAGCAGCAGCAGCAGCAGCAGCAAGCCCAGGCUCAACAGUUUCAGGCAGUACACGCAGCCGCCCAGCAACCAGCCAUCACCCAGUUCCCGGUGGUGUCGCAAGGAAGCUCUCAGCCGCAGCUGAUGCAGAACUUCUACCAGCCGCAGCAGCAGCAGCAGCAGCAGCUGGCCUCGAGCUUGCACCAACAACAGCUGCUGACUCAGCAGGCCGCCUUGCAGCAGAAGACCGCGGCAGCGGCGGUGGCGGCAGCGGGACAGCAGCCCCAGGCGCCCCCCCCCACAGCCCCGCAGGCACCCGCGGAGCCGGUGCAGAUUCAAGCCCCAGUAAGACAACAGCCAAAGGUUCAAACAACCCCACCUCCAACCGUCCAGGGGCAGAAACUCGGAUCUCUCACUCCUCCCUCAUCCCCCAAAACCCAGCGUGCUGGGCACAGGCGGAUUCUCAGUGACGUGACCCACAGUGCUGUCUUUGGGGUCCCUGCCAGCAAAUCCACCCAGCUGCUCCAGGCAGCUGCAGCUGAAGCCAGCCUCAAUAAGUCCAAGUCUGCAACCACCACUCCAUCAGGCUCUCCUCGGACCUCCCAGCAAAACGUUUAUAAUGCUUCAGAAGGUUCUACGUGGAAUCCCUUCGAUGACGACAACUUCUCCAAACUCACAGCUGAGGAACUGCUGAACAAGGACUUUGCCAAGCUGGGGGAAGGCAAACAUCCUGAGAAGCUUGGAGGCUCUGCUGAGAGUUUGAUCCCAGGCUUUCAACCGACUCAAGGUGAUGCUUUUGCCACUCCUUCGUUUUCUGCUGGAACCGCUGAAAAAAGGAAGGGUGGGCAGACUGUGGAUUCUAGCCUCCCACUUCUAAGUGUUUCUGAUCCUUUCAUUCCUCUUCAAGUACCUGAUGCACCAGAAAAACUAAUUGAGGGACUCAAAUCUCCUGACACUUCUCUCCUGCUCCCUGACCUCUUGCCUAUGACAGACCCUUUUGGUAGCACUUCCGAUGCUGUAAUUGAAAAGGCCGAUGUUGCUGUUGAGAGUCUCAUACCAGGACUGGAGCCCCCAGUGCCCCAGCGCCUUCCAUCUCAGACGGAAUCUGUGGCCUCGAACCGCACAGAUUCUCUCACCGGGGAAGAUUCCCUGAUUGAUGGCUCCCUGCUUUCUAACCCUACUACUGACCUUCUGGAAGAGUUUGCCCCCAUAGCGAUCUCUGCUCCAGCCCAUAAAGCUGCAGAAGAUAGUAAUCUCAUCUCAGGUUUUGAUGUCCCUGAGGGCUCGGACAAGGUGGCAGAAGAUGAGUUUGACCCUAUUCCUGUAUUGAUAACCAAAAACCCACAAGGUGGGCACUCUAGAAACAGCAGUGGGAGCUCUGAGUCCAGUCUUCCCAACCUAGCCAGGUCUUUACUGUUGGUGGAUCAGCUCAUAGACCUGUAGCCGGGACCCAGUAGCAGAGGCAAUUCUGUAACCUUCACACCGUAAUACACGUUUUCAUUACGGAGUUAUAAGAAAAAAGGAUUUUUUAAAAAAUCUACGAAUAAAGGGCCCUCUAGCCCUUCUCUCCUACCCCUUGCCUUCUCCUGUAGAAACGAUAAGGAAAGAAAAUCACUUUGGCCCUCCAGAUAAUUCCUUGGCCAGUUCCUCCCUGUUAGUUUGCUGUGUUUUCUCAUUACCCUUCUUCAAUAGCAUUAUCUUAAAUCAAGCGCUAGAUGCCAUGAGCUUCUCUGCUGGAAUCAACUCCACCCAAAGCUUAACUGUAACUGAAACUAGUGAAUUGACACCCUUGUCUCAUUCUUGCUAGGAAUGGCCUCCCAGACCAAUCCUCCCAGCCCCUGUCUCCUUUGGCCAGAUGCUGAUGAAUGUGUUUCUCUGUUUUUGCUUUUUACGCUGCUGCAUUAUAUCAUGAGAACGUGGCUUCUUCAGUUGGUCUUGACUCUGGGCAGUAGCCUGGAGAUGGGUGUGUGACUUAAGAGAGAGUAAAACUGACUGACGGAUGGGAUGUGUUUGAAAAGAGCAGUUGAGCCCAGCUCUAGCCCACCAGCUCCGACCUUGUUUGAUCGUAGACUUAGUCAGGGGAUUUUACACCCCAUGCAACCUGCCCAGCAUUCAUCCAGCAUUCUGGCUUCCAUUGAACCGUGAUUUCUCAGAUCUGGAGACGUGACUGCAAGUACUUGAGAUCCUUGGAUAAAAUGUGUACGUUAUAUAAAACCCAAGUAUUGCCAUUCCUUUUCAUGUUAACUGUCCCGAGCCGGGAUCUCAGAAUUAGACCAAAAUGAGACAAUGGUGGUAAUAUGAUACCUUUUAUUAGAAGACUUUUCACUGGGGGGUGGAUGGGGAAGGGGAAGGAAUUGUAGCAGAAACAGAUGUAUUUUUCUUGUGAUUUUUAUUUUGAAUCAAAUAUUGUAAAUUGUGUAUAAAUGAAGACGCUGAAUAGUUCUGUUUCCACUUGGCGUUUCAAGUCUGAUAUCAGGUGUCUGUACAGGGUUUUGAUCUCUUUCCCUUGUAUAACUACACAGCAAUCCUACAGUGUAACAUAUGGAAUCAUUUUAAGUAGACUUGUGUGUUGCUAUAAGCUUUCAGCAGGUCCUCUGUCUUUGUAGAAUAAGCAUGUUGUUUAUUUUCAGAUAAUCAGAAAUAAGUGUGCUGACAAGGUAGGCACAAUUUGAUUCUGGCUACUUACCUUUCUUUCUCUCUGAUGUUUGAAUCGAAGGAUGCAGCCAGUGAAAUAUGUCCAGUUGGUUUUCCUUGGCUUCCUAGAUUAAAAAGCAAAAGAAAGCGUAGUUCCUCACUAACCUUAGAAUAUUGUUCAUAAAAUAAAUAAAGGACCCUGCACUGAUACGACAACAUGCCUCAUGGUCACCCUCUGUAUAUGUCCUUACUCGUUGGAGUGUAUUUUUUUUUUCCUCCCAUAGAAAGCAAUUUUAUAAAAUUGCCCUUUUGAAAUGAGGUGGGCAUGGAGAAGCCCGUUGUGGUUCUCUUCCUUGAGUGCCACUUUCCAUGAUCAGAAGGGGAAACUCUUAAUUGAUCAGAUUUGUACAAAUAAAAUUCCACGCUCAUUUGUUUGUUUCUCUAUCUAGUACUUUUGUUCCUUUUUCCACACGUGCACUUUAAGGGGGGUGGGGAAGAAAGUUGAGCAGGCAACAACGGCCUACAAAACACAGCACUUUGGAGGUCAAGCUUUGACCCCAGAAAUGUGAGAACAGCCUUUGAAAGGCAUCGGAGGAAAAGUCUGAAUCUUUCAGUCUUCCUUCUGACUUUAAAUACUUCCUGUGCCAGCUGAAACUAGAUGAGCUAAGUAAAGCCCUCUAUUAGGAUAAUGGAUCAUUUCCAAAAUUGAGGGAGGCACAACCUUCCUGCUGAAGAUAAAAAAAGAUGUCCUUGAAGAGCUCUCCAUGAUUGGACAGCAGUGAAAAUGGGACUCGGUUUGCCCCUUUAUGGACAGGAAUAUUACUGAAGAUCGAAACUGUAUUCUUUUUCCUGGACAUAGAAAGAAUGUAUAAACUAAUGAAGGAAAUGUUUAUUUUUAAAUAAGAACAAUGUUUUAUGCCUAUAUUUUCCAAUUUGAUUUUUGUUCACACAUAUACAUGUUAGAAAUAUAAUGGAACAUCUAGUUUCUCGAUUUAAUUGAAGAAGUGAAGAGUACAGUUUAGAAAUUUGGUAUCUCUAAAUUGUUCCUUUCUUGUAUUAUCCAUAAUCACAUUGAGAUGUAUUCCCUAGUCAUCUGGCUCAUGAAAGCUUAAUGGAGACUGUUAAUGAAAAUGAACAGACUAGACUGGAUGGAGGAAGUCUGAGGGAAAUAAUGACAUGAAAUCAUCUUGGGUUUAUUCUUUAGGAAUAGGACCUCAAAGGGGAGAACUAUUUUUCUGUUAAGUUAGGAAUCCAUGUGAGUGACUCGGUAAAUGGGACCUCCGUUAGUUUAUAGCUUCAUCCCUGAGCUAAAAGGGUUUAUUGAUAGGACACUAGAGAUACUACAGCGUCUGAUAUUUGGGAGACACACGAAACUCUAGCCUGAGCCACAAGCGAGUUAAGGGAGACCAGCCGAUAGUCCAUCCACUUCAUCUCACAGGUGUGGGAUGUAAGGCCGAGCCGUGGGAGAAGAGGCCUGGGCAGGACACGCCCCCUGGGAUCACUCCCUGACCUUUGCCAGUCACCGGCCAAGUAGCUGUCCUUAGGUAUAUGGUGAUGAGUUUGGACAGGAUGGUCUUUAAGUUUAUGGAGUUCUAGCAUUCUACCUACAUAUUAUGAUGCUUGGGAAGGACUAUGAAGGAUCCGUAUAAUCCUGAUGUUCUUUAGUUCCCUUCUGUAGUUCUUAGUGUUACUGGAGCAGCAUUUACAUUUUAGAGAAUUAUAAUAGCCCUUUACUACUGGAGUGGCUCUUCCUUGGUUAUCCGAAUAGAAGCCUACAUUACUGGACAGUUUGGGACAUAGAUUUUUUUCUUUUUUAAGUAUCUAAGUAUCAUUUUGUUUUGUUUUUUAAUGGCCCUACCUAUUCCAACAAAACAGUAUCAGAAGACUACAGUUCUUUUUAAAAUAUAUAAUCAGUGAUCUGGCACUUAAAAAUGGGCAGAUACUAUAAGCAUAUGUUUCUGAUUUGCUUUAAUCCAACUGUCCAAGAGUGGUAACUAUACCAGAACACAUCACAAGGUUUUUUUUUCCCCCUUACAGCAUUCAUAUAACUAGAUCACCAAAUUUAAGUCCCUAUAUUUGUAAAAACACAGGACUCAGAGGAGAUAAGGUUUAAAUGGACAGUCUUAGCUACAGUCAUAAUUAAUGAUUUCUUUAGCAGACCUGUCAGAAUUUUGGCCGCUCAGUGAGUAUUGUUCCCCUCAAAGGCAUCUGGUUUUACUUGAGAAGCUAAUACUACUCUAAUGGUGUUGCCUUCAUUUAAGUUAAUUCUGAAACCACCCCCGUCCUUAGAAACACUGUCAAGGACAGUAAUAAGGUAUAAGAAAAUCCAUUGAAUUACUAUCUAAUUAGUAUUGCUUUUAGCAGCCAGAAGUAUGUUCUCUGUCUUAUUAAUCUUUUCCCAUAACUCUUGAUUCUGAGUCACAUUUAGCUGUUUCCAAAAAGCAAAAUCCCCCCCUCAAUGAAACAUGGUUACUAUUGAGGACAGUAAAAAGAAUAAUCCACAGAAAAUUCCCAGAGAGGACCUUAUAGUAGAAAGUGACAACAAUCAGUCUUAAUUUCCUUAAUAUUCUGAAUAAGGGAACUGCCAUAAUUUCACCUGUCUUUAGUGGUUUAGAAAAUGGAAAGAUGCAGAUUUUAAAAUAACCUCUAAAAGAGGUUGUCACUUUGUUCAGUGUCAUUUGAUAUUGAACUUGGCACUUCCUAUAUUAGAAUUAUAGAACUUGGAUUGCUAAUAAUUACAAGGGAACAUACUCAAGAAAAGAACCUGUUUUUCUCAAGAUGAAAUUUUAGUUUUGCUUAUAAUACUUUUCUUUCCUGCUGUCCUGGCAGGUAAUUGAUCAUUUUGAUGUGAACUAACACAGUUUUCUCCAGGUCAGGAACAGUCUGCCUUCAGCAAUUUUAGAGGAAGGAGGAGACCUUUGGGAUUGACUUCAGCCCAGAAGUGUGGAGGGAUCUGAGUUCAGCUGCAUAAAUUCAUACUGUAGAUACCUUGGGCCAAAAUCAAGUCUCCCUGAUGAUGUUUGUCUAAAUUUCCAGAAGUCUUUAACUUUCUCUGGCUGUAACAUUACCAGGAUCAUGUAGCCACUAACUUAGAGUUUGGGGACAAAAAAAAUGACAAGAUUGCCCAAAGUACAAAAUUAAGCAAAUUAGAGGCUGCCAGCCAGAACAGAGAAACUAUCAGAGGGAUAUUUAAAAUGAAAUCUUUACUGAAACCCUCCAGAUUAUACAAAGCUAUCUUUUAUUCCUCUCUAGAGACUAUAAUUUUACCAACACAACGUUAGUCUUUUCAUUUUCCACCCUAGUCAUGUUCCUGAAGUUGGAUGUACUUGGGUUUCUUGAGUCAAAAUGAAUCCCAGAUGGCCUCCCUUUCAGAUAAUCUGUAACAAGAUAUUUCUUUGUUUAUCCUGGGUUUCCUUUCACUAAGGUGGAGGAGGGAGGUUCUUUGGGUAAUGCUGACUUAGGCAGAGUUACCAAACGGUGGCAGCUGCUUGAACGGUUGCUUGAACGGAAGACACUUUCCGGGUCCCCAGUUGGAUGUAGUGUCCUGACUUUCCUCUCUUUCCUGUGAGUAUUCCCUCCCCCUACUGUACAUCGCCUCGUCAUGUGGAUGCGUACUUACUACAGGUCUUUACCAUGUCCUCCCCAAGAAGACAGAGCAAACAGAGGUAUGCGAAGCUCCCUUCUACAGUAAAAAUAUGAAAUUUAAACAUUGCUACGCAACUGUUGUGUUUUUAAAAAAGGUCUGUAAACAAUUUAUUAUGUAAACAUACAGGGGAAUAAAGACUUAUCUGUUCAAACAGGAGCCUGAUGUUCACAGAUGUAAAUAACUUACAGUAACUGCCGCUUUCCUGAUCUGAAAACGCACUUGUGCGAAAAGGACUUGAACCCAUUGUUGAGUAACUUACUGAGUGUGGCUACUGAGGUUUCCCCUUGCUGUCAGAGAGAAAAAAAAACCCGUGAGCCUGUAUUUGGUGUGACUAGACUCGGAGUUGCAAAUUGAGCACAGAUUUGCAGCUGCCCUCCUCUAAUUUGAUCCUUCAUCUACCCAGGCCAGUUUAAUUGAACGUUUGAUGCUGGCAACAGCAGUUUGAUGCCCAGGGAGAAAUCUCUCUAAUUGCUCCAUUGCCUUGAGAGGCGCAGCGUCACUGGCCCGCAUUGGCUCCCACCAAAUCUCUGUUCCCCAGUCCUGGGCUUUAAUAACCACUGCAUAGCAUAGGGUAGAACCAAAUCCUUAAUUUUAUCAUCUAAGCUGAAAGGUCAUGGCAAUUAUUAAUUUGAUGUCCAUCUCUUAAUUCCCUGAUUCAGCUCCGAGAGUGUGAAUUACAAUUGGUGCUGCAUUUCUGACAUUCUUGAGAAGGGACAAUUUGCUUUCUAUUUGCCAGAUAUAUGUGAAGGUUUCUCAGUACUCCCAAGUCUUCAUUUUCAGUUUGGGGCAAGAAGUAGGUCUUCGAUACUGCUUGUAACUGUUAUUUCAGUUUACAGUAUGGGGGAAAGUAAAAUUCUUGCUGUGCAAGAUACAUUGCACUAAAGAAUAUCCAGCCUGGAAUUUAAGUCUUCAGACUCUGAUUUUUUUGAAAGCGCUCUGAUGACCCCUUCACUGUGUCCAUCAGAUAAAAUCCCCAGAGUAGACGCACCCCGAAUCACUCAGCACUUAGGGUUGCUUUGAAAGUUAACAGGCCGUUAGUGAACAGGUCAUCCAAGAGUUUUGGGGACCCCUUUUCUGCUCUGUCAAGCACAUGAACUCUGACUGAAUCUGCAUGAAUUUGGAGCCUUGAAAUAGACUCUUAGAACUCCUAAAAAAGUGUGCAGACCCUUAAUCUUGCACACAGUCCUCCAUGACAGAAAGAAAAAGAAGGGUGUCCUGCCUUCUUGUUUAGUUUAAUGCGCUAAACCAGAAUGAAAAGAGACCUAACCCAGUUUGAGGGGAUUAGAACCAAAUGCCCUACUUGAGGCUUCAUGAUAAGAAAGACCCUUGUGCAGCCUGUGAAACCAGGGCCUGGAUUGAAGGCCUCCGCUCCUCAGGAACAACUAGCUGGCUUCACUGAGCUGUGUGGUCCCGGGGCAUCUGCUGUGCGUGCUGUUGGUUGCCAGAGGAAUGGGGCCAAGGCAUGGGUUUAAAGUAGUGCAAAUCCUUCUUUGCUAGUAGUCAGACUGUUUCAAACACAUUUACCUGAUCGGGUAAGGCCAUUUUCAUAUACAAGGAUUGUUCACCUUGAAAAUACAUGCUUUCCUUAUAAGAACAUACAUACUCGUAUUCCAAAAAAGACCUCUAAUUGCCAACAAGAUUUAAUGUCCAUCUUCUGCUUGUAAGUUAUUUAGGAUCUCUCCUUGACUCCUUUGUGUCUUGUGCUGAGGGUGUAUGGAUGUCUGUGUUUCUUCCAAACCCACGGCAUUCUUGCCCAGCUUGGGAGAGCAGCGAAGAGUGGUUGCUCUCUGCUGUAGUCACAGUAUACCUUCUCGAAAAAGAGUAAAGAGGUUAAGAGACUUGGCCUUCUCAGGAAAAUCAUUUAAAUGUUGUUUUCUAACCCUUAGGAGGCAGAUUCAUGCUGAAAAAUAGAAACAGGUCUGGCCUUGUUUUGAAGAACAGGAAACAAGUUUCCCCUUCAAACUCAAUAUCACAGGGUUUUUGUGACGGGGCUUGUGAGGUUUUGAAAGUUCUCGAAAUUUUAGGUAUGGUUUUCCUGUUAUCAUCAGGGUCCUAGAAUAUGCUAAUUUGGCAGGUUUCCAGUUGUCCAAGAACCCACUUUUUAAGUAAUUUAGAUAGGGUAAGCACACUCUUCUGGCCUGUCCAGCUCUGGAUAUGGUCCCCUCCGCUUGGUACCUGAUAGUUCUCAAAAUGUAACCCAACAUUGGCAGGCAUCCAGAGUGCCCCCGAUUCUGUAGGCAGCUGCUUUUUGGCAUUCUCUGCACACAAACAGAUCUGGCUGAAUUCAAUUUAAUUUCCCAAAAGCACUGACUCCAGUCAAACUAGUGUCCGGUUUUCAUUAUUGAUCGGUAUGGUGCCAGAAUUGGUCAUUGGCUUGACUAAAUUUACCAUGUUUCCCCUAAAAGAUAUUUUGCACUCCCACAGAACCAGCUUGAUAACGACAGCUCUGGGGGUAAUUUUGGCAGAGGAGAAAUUGUGACUUAGUUUCGGCAACUGAAAACUUUGUCUAGCUGAGUCUGUGUUAGAACGUGGUUCAAGGAGUCUUGCGGGAGGGGAGCUUCCAUGUCCCUUUGCUUGGCAAAUCUUAUUUUGGAAAACCUCUUUGCCCCUUUUCAUUUGAAUUUCCUCCCAGAAAUCACCACCUAAGAAUCACAGUGGCAGAACUAAUAUUAUACUUGCCUGAGAGCUUAGGAUUAUGUCUCUCCACAUAUACUGCAAGAGAGAAGAUGUUCCAUUUGCUUCCUAACAGCUGACUAACGCUUUCCUAUCACCACGUGGGUGCACAUACCAAAGCCGCAAUGCCAAGAAAAAAAAAAUGUAUCCUCUUCAAAAUCAUAUUCUUCAAACACUACUCAGAAAGCUGUUUGGCACCAGUACGGAAUUUCACUUAAAGACUCCUAACUGGAAAUUCACUGAAUGCAUUCAAACUCAGAAAAUGAGGGGGACACCCACCUUUGUUUGUUUGUUUCUGGAAACCGUAUUUAAGAUCAGAGCUGUUUAAAAAGAAGCAUUGCUAAAAAGUUCUAGGAUUCCGAGAAACAUAGUAUUUUUGUACAGGAUCUUCUAAAAUGUUCCGAUCACUCUCUAACAUCUCUUUACAAUGUAAUGUCUCUAAGUGACUGGUUUCCCAAUAAACUGAUUUUGAUGCCGCUUC